AAGAAGAAGAAGAAAUCGACGCCGAGACGGAGAUCCGCGGCGGCGGUGGACGCGACGUUCGCGAGGCGAUUGAGGUUUUUGCUCGGGAUCGUCGUGCCAUCGUGGCGAAGCGAGGAGGCGUUUUUGUUGCUCACGCAGUCGUGCGCGCUCGUGUCGCGCUCGUUCAUAUCGUUGCGGAUCGCGGAGAAGGGAGGGGACGGGAUGCGCGCGGUGAUGGAGCGCGAUUGGCGCGAGGCGUCGUCGGUGCUGACGGACUUUUUCGUCUCGGGCGUCGCGGCGUCGGUGGUGAACUCGGCGCUCAAGUAUUUGACCAAUAGCAUCACGACGUGCUUUCGCGAGCGGUUGACUCUGUACGUGCACGACGCGUAUUUGUCGCAUCGAGCGUAUUACAAGGCGGCGGUGCUUCGACACGGCGACUUGGACAACGCCGAUCAACGCGUGGCGGAGGAUUUGCACCAGUUCUGCGCCACGACGAGCGAUUUAUACGCGCGAACGUUCAAACCGCUUUUGGAUGUGAUUUUAAGCACGUCUCGAAUGGCGCAGACGAUGGGAUACUCGGGGCUCUUCGUGUUGUACGCGUACUUUGGCCUCUCUGGCGCCGCGGUGCGAGCUUUUUCGCCGCCGUUCGGCGAGUACAUCGCGCAGACGCAAAAGCGCGAAGGCGAGUUCCGCCGCGCGCACUCGAGGUUGAUUCAACACGCCGAAGAAGUCGCCUUUCUCGACGGGAGCGCGCGCGAGAAGGAAAUCUUAAACAAAUCGUUGCACGAGGUGACGACGUGGAGUCACUUUUACUACUACUCUCAAUUCAAGCAGGGCAUCGUCGAUCAAUACGCGCUGAAAUAUUUUGCGUCAAUGAUCGGCUGGCCCGUGCUCGCGGUUCCGUUCAUGUACUCUGACUUGAGCGCGAGCGAGAUCGCGGCGAGGUACAAGGAGAACGACACCCUCAUCAAGAGCGCGAGCGGCUCCAUCGGAGAUUUAAUGUUGGUGUACAAAAAGCUCCAGCGUUUGGCUGGGUUCACCGCGCGAGUCACCGAGCUCAUCGAGAGCGUAGACUCCGUGUCCGCCGAAGCGAGCACGGUUCAAGUCGCGGGCGAGGACGAUGGAAUCCACUUCAAAGACGUCACCGUCUACGCGCCCGACGGCCGAUUGCUGGUGAAGAAUUUGAACUUGGACAUCAAUCCGGGCGAGAGCGUCUUCAUCACCGGCGCGAACGGCGCGGGGAAGACAUCAAUCUUCCGCGUUCUCGCCGGCCUGUGGCGCGCGGCUUCCGGCAGCGUCGUUCGCCCGUCCCACGGUUUGGCCACGACGGCGGACGGCGACGCCGCCAUCUUUUACGUCCCCCAGCGCCCGUACUUGGUCUCCGGUACGCUUCGAGACCAAGUGAUGUACCCGCUGGCCGGCGAUGACGAACGCGACGACGAAGUGCUGGAGUGUUUGCAGCUCGCAAACUUGAUGAAAGUCGUGGAUGCGAGCGAAGGCGGUUUGAGCAGAGUCGAGCACGAUUGGACCGACGUCUUGAGCGGCGGCGAAAAGCAACGCAUCGGUUUGGCCAGGCUGUACUUCCAUCGACCCACGUUUGCCAUCCUGGACGAGGCCACGAGCGCGAUCAAUCCAGACGAAGAAGGUUUGCUCUACGCGCACAUAGAAACUCUCGGCAUCACCGCGUUCAGCAUCGCCCAUCGCUUGGAGCUCAAGCGCUUCCACGCCAUGCACUUGCACUUGGCCGCCGACGGUUCGGGGCGUUGGUCG